GUUCAGAAACACGGCGGGGUAGAGUCUGGAUGUCCUUCAGUGGAAGCGUGAAUACGAGGCCAGAAGCAAAAUAAUACCGCUUGUGGAAGGAGAUCAAGACAUUGACAUCCACAUACCUGUGAUCUAGCACAGGUCGCGAAGAAAGGCUGCAUACACCAGCACACUGCAAUAUGGACGAGAUAAGGCGCGAUCAGACAUCGACGGUCAGAUUGUCAAGAUGGCCUAUAAGUCCUUCCAAUUGCCCGAUCAACGCACCGCCGCCAGAAUGAGGUUCUCAAUCUUGUCCAUCAAUGCUGCCAUUGCGUCUCUCGCUUCGGCAACGGCCGUCGACCUCACCAAGAGAGAUACACCUCUCGAGGUCAAGUUGACGGCUACUGGCAACUCCAAGGUCAAUGUGGCGGUCACCAACACUGGCGCCACUGAGUACAACUUGUUCUACAAGGGCUCCUUCCUCGAUGCCGAGACUCCUGUUGACAAGCUGUCAGUCUCCGGUACUGCGGCUAAGGCUGAAUUCAAGGGCGCUCUCCUGCGCAUGAAGACAACGGACCUUUCCGAGGAUGCAUUCCUUGCCAUCGCUCCCGGCCAGACCAUCGAGAGCGAGGUCGAGAUCGCCGAGCUCUACGAUGUCGAAGCUUCUGAUACCUACACCGUCCAGGCUGCAGGUCUCCUGCGUUACGCCGAAGCUGGAAGCACGGUACUCACCGACGAUACUCUUGCCUACAGCAGCAAUACGGUCGACCUCGAAAUCGACGGCGAAGCAGCACAGCGAGUCGCUUACGCCAUCGCGUCCCCCGAGAGUCUCGAAAAGCGUACCGUGCUCUCCACGAGCACUUGCUCAAGCACCCAGCUCUCCCAACUCCGCAGUGCUCUGAGUUCGUGCCAGUCUCUUGCAAACGCUGCUGCAACUGCCGCGACCUCUGGAUCAGCAAGCAAGUUCCAGGAGUACUUCAAGACGACUUCCACUUCUGUCCGUAGCACCGUGGCAGCGCGCCUCCGUGCUGUAGCAAGCGACUGCGGCUCGACCAUUUCUGGACGCACCACAAGCUACUGCACAGACGUCUACGGCUAUUGCUCUUCCAACGUGUUGGCGUACACUCUCCCCGCAUACAACUACAUCGCGUACUGUGGUAUUUUCUAUUCCGGCCUUCCAGCACUUUCGGGUACUUGCCAUGGACAGGAUAGGGCUACCACUGUUUUGCAGUAAGUCAAUCUGCACCUGGUGUCUAUUCUCCAGGAACGGACGACCUUGGCUACGGCUACGCGAACGCCCAGAGACUCACCAGCGCCCAAGCAGUCCUGAACGCUGAUACCUAUGCACUCUACGCCAACGCGAUCUACUUGGGUUGCUAGAUGACGGAUCGCAUUCGGUGCUGAUCACACACAGACAGUAGGUCAAAGGGCUGCUGAAUGUGUUCAUCUACCUCCAAACGGGCAUCUUUAAGUUGAACAGCGCGGAGUGAGAGCUUUAGGGGAGAGUUAGAAGCGAGGGAUGAUAGAACAGGACCCAAAAGGGCAAUAGAGCGAGCAGUCAAUAGCGCCAGGCAUCUCUAUCUCUCUGGUCACGGUAUCUUGGUCCACGUCUCAAAGUGUUCACGCUGAUUUUGGGAUGGCUCUUCAUUCAUGCAUUAGUUUCGGCAGUCACAGUUUUGUUCGCGCUUUCCACUUGAUGCGCGGUACUAGUGAAAGG